AUGCCGCACACGAAGCGCCCCCUUCUCCUCGCCGCCCUCGCGCUCGUCGCGUUCGCCGCGCUGUUCAACCCCGCAGCCGCCGGGGACACCGCCGCGGUCGGGACGAUGGACCCUCCCAAGGAGGACGCGCUGCUGAUGCCCACGGACGCGGAGGCGGACCCCGCCGCGACCGACGCGGCGGCGAAGGAAAUGGACAUGGCGCCCGAUAUGGAUAUGGAACCCGCGGCCGAGGAAGAUGCCGAGCUCAAACCCCUCGGCGAGACGCUGCAGGCUGACCCGGAGUUCUCCACGCUCGUGGCGCUGGUGACCGCUGCCGCUGACGAGAGCGGCGCCACCGCCGAGGAUCUCGCAGCCGAAGGGCCUUUCACCUUGUUCGCUCCCGUGAACGAGGCGUUCACCAAGUUCCUCGAGACAUCCGGGCUCAGCGUCGAAGACGUCCUCGCGAGCCCCGACCUCAAGGAGAUCCUCUCGCACCACGUGGUUGAAGGCAAGUACACCGCCGCCGACGUCCUCGCCAUGGAACUCCCCGCCGAGGUCCCGACCCUCGACGGCCACACCAUCAAGAUCGACAAGACCACCGACGGCGACGUUCUCAUCGCCGGUAACAAGGUCGUCGCGCCCGACAUCGAAGCGUCCAACGGGGUCAUCCACGGCAUCGACGGCGUCAUCACCGAGACGACGCCGGAGCCGGAGGACACGACGACGAACGAGGAGGUGACCAGCACGGCGCUGCUCGGCACGCUGUACGCGGCGGUGCUCGUCAUGUGA